AAGCAAAAAAGGAACAGUCAAGCAUUACCAUGUGCACAAAACCCCUGAGAACAAGUACUACCUUGCUGAAAACUACUAUUUUGAAUCAAUUCCCAAGCUUAUACACUACCAUCAGCACAACUCGGCCGGUAUGGUGACAAGGCUCCGGCAUGCAGUGUCUACACAAGUAAAUAAAGUCCCAUCCACAGCUUCAUUAGGAAAUGGAAUCUGGGAGCUGAAACGAGAAGAAAUUGUCCUGUUGAGAGAGCUAGGGAGAGGUCAGUUUGGAGUGGUGCAUCUGGGGAGGUGGAAAGAAAAAUAUGAUGUGUCCAUAAAGAUGAUUAAAGAGGGAGCGAUGUCAGAAGAUGAAUUCAUAGAAGAAGCUCAGACCAUGAUGAAACUUAAUCAUCCCAAACUUGUUCGACUGUAUGGUGUAUGCUCCAAAUCGUAUCCCAUUUAUCUAGUGACGGAAUACAUGCCUAAUGGCUGUUUGCUUAGCUACUUAAGGAGUCACGGGAAGGACCUACAACCCCUUCAGCUUCUGGAAAUAUGUUACGAUGUUUGUUAGAGCUGUCAGUUCAUACAUAGAGAUUUGGCUGCUAGGAACUGUCUGGUUGACAGUAAUCUUACUGUGAAAGUAUCUGACUUUGGGAUGACCAGGUAUGUUCUGGAUGAUCUGUAUAUAAGUUCACUAGGAACCAAGUUUCCAGUGAAGUGGUCAGCACCAGAAGUUUUUCAUUACACCAAAUUUAGCAGCAAGUCAGAUGUAUGGGCCUUUGGUAUCUUAAUGUGGGAGGUGUACACUUUAGGAAAGCAGCCCUAUGAGCUUUAUGAUAACAUGCAGGUGAUUGAGAAAGUUUCUCAAGGAUACAGACUUUACAGACCGCAACUGGUUUCAGAUAUCAUCUACCAGAUAAUGUACAACUGCUGGCAUGAGCUACCUGAAAAGCGCCCUGCCUUUUAUCAGCUUUUGUCAUUUUUUGAGGCACUGAGAGAAGAUAACAGAGCUUGA